UCUACAACUAUUUACUUGAAAGAAGAAGGCAAGUCGAGUGCGCUCCUUCUUCAUAAUCCACUUCGUUCGCGAACCACAGAGUUGUAAAUCAUGCAGCUUCGCACGUCCGCCGUGUUCCUGCUGUUUGGUUUGGCACUCAGCAUCAGGGCUGCUCACGGCACUCCUUGCCAGGUUGUUCUUCCGAGUACUUUCAAAGUGCAACAGAAGCAGAAUGCAAACGUCUAUUUCGAAGAAGGGGAAGGCUCGUCAGGCAGUAUUGCCACCCGACCUCAAGUAACGCUCAGUGUCCGAAGAUCCUCCGCCGCUGGUGCUGUUUGUGACUCUUCUCUGCCCGAGCCAUGCUUGGCGUUCAAAACCAAAAGAGGGUCACUGGGUCGGUCCGUUCAUGUGCCGAUAAAGGUGUUUGCCAGUCGGGUACCGGAGUGCCUACCUGGAGAGGUAAUACCUGUCACCGUCACAGCCGUGUGCCGACUCGGGAAUUCCACCAGGAGCCAGUCGUGGGAUGUCUCGCUGCAAUGUCGACGGGCUAGGGUCAUCCUACAACUUGACAAACCAGUCUACUCGGCAGGGCAGAAAGUUUUCAUGAGAGGCUUCUUUGUUGAUGAUAUGUUACGAACCGUGAAGCAAAAUGUGACCUUGGAAGUUAGAAAUCCUAAUGGUGUACUUGUGGGUCUGAAGAUGGUCACGAGUGGUCAAGCAUCACAAGGUGUUGUGGAACAUGAGUUCAUACUGGACACCGAACCUCAGUUCGGAUUCUGGUCGGUCAGCGCUUUGCCAGCAGUAGCGGAUGGGAAUGCUGUCCUAUUCAUGCCGACGCGUACAACAUUUGAAGUCAAGGACUAUGUCCUUCCUCGCUUCCAAGUUGAGGUCAACCUGCCCUCUUAUAUCGAGCACCUAGAAGAUCCUGAUAUUGCUGUCGAUAUCGCGGCAAGCUACACAUUCAACGCAGCUGUGGCAGGUUCAGUUAGCAUCACCGCUGCAAUCGUGUGGAAAGAGAAAAGAAGGGAGCUGAUCCUAUCCAAGAUAGAGAAAGACCUGGUCCCAGAAGUGAAGCAUGGUAGGAUGUACGGCAGGACAAGCUUCACUAUACCUAGUAGUUCAAUAUGGGAGGCACUGGGAUACGGUGUCUUUCCGCUGGGCAGCUGUCUUAAGGUAGAGGCGGCUGUACGCGACAGGACAUCACUGAGGCAAGUGAAGGGUGCAGCACUAACUUGCUUUAUAGAUCAACCAUGUCGGAUUGAUGCCACGAUGCUGGACUCGGUGAUCAAACCUGGUCUACCCUUCUCAUCGCAGGUACGUCUUGUGGACUAUGAGGAUCACCCUGCUCCAGAUCGCUCUGUGACAAUCACAUUCAGACAGAUAGGCUCGGGCUUCUCUGCAUCAACACAGGUAAUGCAGGCCAUGUCAGACAGCAACGGCUUCAUCCACUUCCGACUACCGGGUGUUGGCAUACUACCUAACACUUACUCCGCCUCCAUGAAGAUCAUGUCAAACUGCUCGCAGCCAUUUGAACAGCAUUUUCGCAUAUGUCAUGCCAGCCCAUCCUGCCCCGGAAACAUUAAACUAGUGGCGGAAACAAGACAACGAGCAGCGGUAGAAGAAAAUCACUUGCUACAAAUUCAAGUUAGCCAGGCACCAGAACAGAAUAUGAACAUCACAGUACAGGCUGUGCGUGAUGGCAGUAUCCUGCACACCUCCCAGCACACCAUACUCUCCGGUAAUGCUCAUCUCGAGGACAUCCAUGUCUACAUCAGACCAGAGUGGUCGCCUGGAUUCUACUGGCUAGUUUACCACAUAUGUGAUGGCGCUAGUAACAUCAUCGCCGACAGUGUGUACCAACCUGUAGCCCACUAUCAACAAAAUCAGGCUAGGUUUCACUUUGAGCCGCAUCAAGUGGAGUUCAGCCAUGGCUACCAACAGGCACCUAUGCUGAAGCUCUCUGCGCAACGCGGUACUAGCAUGUACAUGCUAACAGUGGAUCAAAGUGUGUACUUCAUGAAUGCUACAAACAGGCUGACACAUGAGUCUAUUGCAAGUUAUGGUCUUCAGGAUUAUCCGAAUAGUUGCCUGUAUGAAGAUUCCUGCAACCCCACGAUCAUAUUCAAGAAAGCAGGCCUACUGACUCCGAUUGUUCUACAUCGCCCGGCUGUUGUGGAAAGGAAUCUCACCAAUCCUCAUUGCCUCCGGGAAUCCAUGGAAAGAAUAGACAUAGAAGAUUGCUGCCAGCAAGGGAGAGCUGUGGGAAAGCAUCUUGUCGGGAAGGGAUAUGUAUCCCUAAGAUGUCUGACUGCGGCUACAAGGACACACCAGCAGGACAAGGUCUGCAGUUCUGUGUUCCAGUCUUGCUGUGUGAACUAUCACACUGUGAAGGGCCCUAUUGAUCCGGAUCGACUACGCACAUCCUCUGGAAAGAGGUUCAGUCUGGACAAGUUGUACGAAAGAAACUACUUUCCAGAGACCAUGAUCAGAACUAUUGACAUGGACGAGCCAACAAAGCUGGUGCCGUUUCAUCUGCCAGACACCAUAACCACAUGGAGUAUGCAGGCCGUAGCUGUACACAACGCCUUUCCUCUAGCUAUUCCAAAAGAGCUGCAGUUUACCGUUCACAAAGAGUUCUUUCUGGAGGUGCACCUUCCAUCAACUCUCACCCACAAAGAGCAGUUUGAACUCCGUGUCACACUGCACUCCAGAAGCACGCGGCCACAGCCAUUUGAUGUCUACUUGGUCGGAAGUUGGAAAUACUGCAGCCAAGCCGGCUCUGGUGGUAGGAGUGGCAAUGCUUCUAUCAUUGUUCCCCGUGAAGGCACUAUCAGCCUGACGUUUGUCAUCACUCCACUAGUCACUGGUGAUAUUGAGAUUGGUGUGCAGGCCAUUGGCAAGAGUCCACAGGAGUCGGACUAUGUCACAAGGAUGAUACAUGUCAAGCCGAGUGGUGUGCGCAUUACAGACCAGUGCGAUUCGUUCCCUAUCGUUCUUCGGCAAGGCAAUUCGUUUGAGCAGGAGUUCAAUCUCACUCUUCCAGGAAACCAACUACCAUCCACAUCUACGGCAAUGAUAAAGGUUUCAGGCAAUGUUCUCUCCCACCUGUCACAGUUGGAUGGCGUGGAUGACAUGCUAGAGAUGCCGUAUGGCUGUGGCGAGCAGAAUAUGAUGCGGUUCUCCAUCAAUGUCUUUGUAUUGCGUUACCUUUCAAGAACAUGUGCUCCGGAGUCGACUGGCCAAGCACUGAAUAGGCUGGUCAAGCACAAGGCACUGAUGUAUAUGCGGACAGGUUAUCAACGGCAGCUCAACUUUCAGCGUGAUGACGGAUCAUUUUCGGCAUUUGGAAACAAAGAUAAAUCCGGCAGCACUUGGCUUACUGCCUUUGUGGCAAAGAGUUUCUGUGCAGUGGAUGCCAGUAUGCGACAAGACAUUCCUAUUGAUGAUACAGUUAUUGAAAAGGCCUUGUUGUGGCUUAAGUCACACAGAACACACGCGGGUGGCUUCUAUGAAGCAGGAGAUGUCAUCGAUGAGUGUAUCAUGGGUGGUGCUGGAGGAUAUCGAUCACCAGAAUUCAUCAACUAUCAGCUGACAGCUUAUGUUGCCAUAGCAAUGUUUGAAUGCAGUGAACGAUUUCCUAUGGUGAGGGAGGCAGCUCAGGAGGCUGCCACCCACUUAACUAACAGAUAUUCCAAGCUGAUCAAUACCUACGACUUGGCCUUGGCAUCAUAUGCUUUGUCAUUGGCUGGGCAAAGAGUAAUUGACCCUGGUGUAAUACUUUCAAAGCUUGACUCGUUUUCCACAGUGAUCGAUGGCUCCACGUGCGAUACAAGACAUCAGAGAACCCCAUCGCAAAACGGACGGUCUUGUACUGGCGUAUUCUUGGAAACAUCAGCGUAUGCAAUGCUGGCAAGGAUGCAGCUAGGCGCAAUCGAGGAAUGUGGCCAAUGCUACGUAGACUGGUUCUUACGCUGGAGGAAAGACUCUGGCGGAUUUGUCUCUACUCAGGAUACGGUACUAGUGACCCAAGCACUGACUGAGUAUCAUUGUUGUCACGUGGGUGAGCAGUUGCAGCAGAAUUUGUCCAUUACCCUCACAUCACGUAUGAUGAAUACUAACAAAACAGAAGCCAGACAUCUCUCUAUCAAUGCAUUCAACAAAGACUUGGAGCAACGUGUACUUGUCCGUCCUAAUUUCAACAAGGGCCUAUCCAUUCGUGUGAAUGCCAGUGGUGAAGGCAGGGCCACAGUUCAGUAUUGUCUCAAGUACAAUGUUAUGCAACAUGAGAAGACAUGUAACUUCACGAUUCACACUCGUCUGACACCCAGUGAAGCAUGCAGCCAGAACGCACCAGGCACUCUAAAGCCAGAAUCCUGCAUGAUUGUAAUGGAUGUUACAGUCAGCUUCGUUGCAAAUGGUGAGCUGAACAGCACUGGGAUGGUGAUUGUGGAGAUUACACUGCUCUCUGGCUUCACUGUGGAUGUAAAAGACCUGCAUCGCAUUGUGGAGGAAUAUGGAAGAGUGAGGCGUGCUGAGCGACAUGGCCAGACUGUGCUGAUAUACCUGACCAGUUUGAAAGCAGGUAAGGCGAUGACAAUAUCACUACGACUAUUCCGCACAGCUUUGCUGGGAUUGCUUCAACCGGCAGCAAUCAAGGUUUAUGACUACUAUAACCCCGGUAUCUCCUGCCAUAAGUUCUACAAUUUGCCUACUCGCAAUCCCAUGCUCUCACUUCUAUGUCAUGACCAGGGCUGCCUAUGCGGAGCAGGAGAGUGCAAGAGAUGUCCACGUGCCGGAAUAUAUUCAGUUGCAAGUACAGUGAAGGGUAUGGCCCAGGUUGUCUGUCAGAAUGACUAUGCCUGGAGAAUUAAAGUGCUGAAGAGGAUAGCAUUGGAGAGUGGUUGGGUACGGUUCAGAAUUAUUAUUGAGUUCCGAAUCAAGCGUGGCAGUCGUGAUGUGGCAGCUGGUGACAAGUUCACAUUCUAUCGCCCAGCUCAUUGUACAUGCCCGGACAUGGAAAGAGGUGCCAGUUAUCUGAUCACAGGGCCUGACAGGGGUCUCAAGCUCAUGCUAGAUAAGGAUACAUCCAUUGAGCGGUGGACCAAGACACGCCGCUUCUGUCGCCUACGUCGCCUGAUACGCACCAAGCCAGGUGUAUGUGAUGCAGUCGACGCGGUGUGGUAUGAGUUCAAGCAAGGCAAGGAGUACAACGCAUGUGGUGCAUUGCCUAAACCCUGACAACAUGUAGCAGGAUCACAAUCAGGUUGACCAGUGUGUAUCAUAUAUGCCCUCAACCUUAUGAAUGUACAAUGAAUAUUGACAGUUGUAUUCAUCAUGUGAUUAAACCUGCCAUGUUUAUUGAAAGUUGUACUCCUCAUGUAAACUGGUGACAGCACUCAAAUGUUACUAUAGGGUCACCACCACCACCUGCCCACACAAUUCGCUUUUUAAAUAGAGUACAGGGACAAAUUUCUCAGACACUCAUGCAGAGAUGCUCAUGAAAGUAAGGCAAUUUACACAAUAAUUCACUUUUAUAAUAAUGUACAUGGACAUUUUUUUCUGAAAUUCAUGAAAAUAAUUAUCUUCUUA